GAGACUUCAGUGAGACUUUCCACCCUCAUCAUCCUCUGCUGUCUUCUGUGAAGCGAGGUGAAGCAGAAAAUGCUCUCGGCCGGCGCAGGGUAGCGUAGAGGUCAGCGCCGAUGCUCCGGUACUCACACCCGACACGCACGAGUGGAAUAAUCGGGGCGGACGAUCACCUGUGGACAUGUAUCAAGGUGUAACGAUGACCACAAACCACGGACCCGCGUCUUACGAGCCCGGCUUCCUCCAUAACGCCGCGUCUGCGGCCGCUUCACCGGUGUACGUGACACCCACCCGGGUCACCCCGAUGAUCCCGGCGCUGCCGUACCUCCAGACGCCGCAGCAGAGCAGCCCCGUGUCCGGACACUCGGGAUGGACGCAGCCGGGCGCGGACACGGUCGCCUCUUACAACUCCACCGGCGGGCACCAUCAUUCUCCAGUGUCCAGGUUCACUUUCUCCACGAGCCCGCCGUUAAGCUCCGGGGUCGCGACAGCCCGGGAGAGCGCGACCUACACGAGCCCGCUGAACAUCUCCACUGGCGGGCGGGAGCACUACGGGUCCCGGGGUCUGAGUGGCUCCUAUCACAGCGGGUACCCGGCCUACGUCAGCCCGAACAUCGGAGGCUCAUGGGCGGCGUCGCACUUCGACAGUUCCGUGCUGCACAGUCUCCAGACCGGAGGACCGGCCGGAGCCGCGCGACACCCGAAUUUAGAGCUGUUCGAUGAGUUUGCGGAGGGUCGAGAGUGUGUGAACUGCGGGGCGAUGUCCACUCCUCUGUGGCGGCGGGACGGGACGGGUCAUUACCUGUGUAACGCCUGCGGACUCUACCACAAGAUGAACGGGAUCAACCGGCCGCUCAUUAAACCACAGAGACGACUGUCUGCGUCCAGGCGGGUUGGUUUGUCCUGCACUAACUGUCAGACGACCACAACGACCCUCUGGAGACGUAAUGCAGAGGGAGAGCCGGUCUGCAACGCCUGCGGACUCUACAUGAAACUCCACGGGGUUCCUCGUCCUCUCGCCAUGAAGAAAGAGGGAAUUCAGACCCGCAAACGCAAACCCAAAAACAUCAACAAGUCCAAACCUGGAGCCUCUGAGGGUCAGACGGCGUCCGGUGCCGUGAACUCCAGUCCCACAGAGGAACCGCGAGCCAUAAAGACGGAGCCGGACACGGCGUCGCUCUACACACACCAUAACAUACACACACCGGUCUCUGCCUUUCCGACUUAUAUGGGAACUCCAAGCUCAAAUUCUGCUCUCAAACUUUCUCCGAGUGGAUCUUCCAGCUCCAAAAGCGACGUCUGGAACAACCUGAUUCUGGCGUAAGAAACCGAGAUGCUCCUCCUGAAAGCGUCACUCAGACUCGGCCUGCAGAACUUCAUCCAGACCAGAAGAACCAAUGAGCUUCAGUGAUUAAAUGAUGAAGAUGCCUGAUGGGAUACCGUACAGAGGGACCCCGAGCGCUGUGCUGGAUUCAGAUCAACAGAUCAGUUGUAGCAGAAAAUCCUGAACCAAAGAUCCUCGAGUCAUUAUAUAAGAACAUUAUAUAAGCUGUAUGUUCACGAUCUUGGCCUGAUGGACCUCGGGUCAGUUGGACUGUAGCAUGUACUUUACAUUAUUUUAAAGCGUGUUAAGGCCCAUAGUGGCUUCAAGUUUUGCACAUGCAAACACAACAAUAUUCUCCUGAAAAUGUAAAAAUGAAGUUAUUUUUGCAGUUCUGUUUGUUGCGUAGAACUUAACAAUAUUUAAAUGAAGCUCAAAGCACUCCCGCUGUAUUCUUUCUCCUUCACGCCAUAUCUGCAGGGAAAUGUUUAUUUUCAUUGUCAUGAAUAUUAUUAAUCAUGUCUAUGAGCAUAUAUGUAUUCCAAAGAUAUAAUUUUGACUGUUUUUUGUUUUGUUGAUGUCAAGAUUAAUGAAUCAAACCGAAACCUGUUGCAUCAACUUUCUGUCCUAAAAGCCACUUCCUUGAAACAGUGUAAAAAAUAACCCUCACCGCAAAUUUGACUUCCUUUAAAAUCUUUAUUGCAGCUGAGCUCCUUUAAUUUCAUGUGAUUUUAAAUAACUUCCUGUAUUUAUUUCUGUAGAGAAAACAGGGUUACAGUUUUCCUUUCCAACUGGAAAGGUGACAAAAACUGCUUUUAAAGUCAAUUUAAACUUGUGCAUCUGAUCUCUUAGUAUAGAUUAAACAGUGUUAGCAUUUCUCAUUAGCCUGGAAAGAAAAUUGUAAUUCUUUUCUUGUAAUAUUCUAUACAUGUAUAUAACUGUAUGUAUGCGAAACAACUCACUCCAUGUUUAAAUGUUGUUUUGAAAACACAACAUAUGUGAAAAUUAGAUUAAAUGUUUGUAAUUCUAAA